AUGCUGAAGCAAAACCUCCACAACCAAAUUUGCUCUGAUCAGCUGCCAAAGCCGUUCGUCCAUGGAAGCAACGACCGCCAUGCUUAUAGUAACCAUUCCCUUCUUUCCAUGGCCAAAACUACUCACUACGCUAGAGCCCGACGUUGUUGUAGGGCUGUCAGUGAUGUGGCGCCGGCGGCGACCAAGCUCGAUGCCGGAGCUAUAGCCGAUUAUCUCAUACACGGGAAGUGCUACACGAAAGUGAGAGCCGUGGUGACUGUGGAGGAAAGCAUUGUCGAGAUGCUGACGAGCAAUGGGAUUCUGCGAGGGCUCGAUUACGUUCUGGGGAAAGGCCUUCUCUUGGAGCUUGUUAGCGCGGAAUUGGAUCCUAGUAAGUAUGUUCUCUCCUUCCAGGAAUCGAGGGUUUGGUUUAACGAUAAUAAUUUUAGUUUGAUGUUUCAGAUACGGAUCUUUUACGUAGCACUUAAUAAUAAAAAUGAAUAUAUAUUAUCCUUAUCUAAACAUAGAAAUUGUUCUCUCCCUUCCUCAUGA